UCCCAGCAUGCCCAGCGAAAGGAAAGCUCGGCGGCUUCACGUGACCACCCACUAUGGCUUCCCUCUGCCAGGGCCAGCCGUCCGGUGGUUUGGAGUGAUUUGUUAGUUCUUUGCGGCAGGUACCUCUCUCCCGAUUUCGACAUGCAGAAAAUCAAAUCUCUUAUGACCCGACAGGGUCUGAAAAGCCCUCCAGAGAGCCUCAGUGAUCUUGGUGCCAUUGAGAGUCUCCGCGUCCCUGGAAAGGAGGAAUUCCGAGAACUUCGAGAACAGCCUAGUGAUCCUCAAGCUGAACAAGAACUAAUCAAUAGUAUUGAACAAAUAUAUUUUUCUACAGACUCAUUUGAUAUUGUUAAAUAUGAGCUGGAGAAGCUCCCUCCUGUUCUCAAUUUGCAAGAAUUAGAGGAGUACAGAGACAAAUUGAAACAACAACAAGCUGCAGUGUCUAAAAAAGUAGCAGAUUUAAUCCUUGAGAAGCAGCCUGCUUAUGUAAAGGAACUUGAAAGAGUUACCUCAUUACAGACAGGUCUUCAGUUAGCUGCUGUUAUCUGCACAAAUGGGAGAAGACACUUGAAUAUUGCAAAGGAAGGUUUUACUCAAGCUAGUUUAGGCCUUCUUGCAAAUCAAAGGAAACGUCAGUUGCUGAUUGGACUUCUGAAAUCUCUGAGGACUAUAAAAACAUUGCAAAGGACAGAUGUGCGCUUGAGUGAAAUGCUAGAGGAGGAAGACUACCCAGGAGCUAUUCAGUUGUGCCUGGAAUGUCAGAAAGCUGCCAGCACUUUUAAACAUUACAGUUGCAUAAGUGAACUGAAUUCAAAGCUGCAAGAUACUUUAGAACAAAUUGAGGAACAGUUGGAUGUGGCUCUUUCUAAAAUCUGCAAGAAUUUUGACAUUAAUCAUUAUACCAAGGUUCAACAAGCUUAUCGACUUCUUGGAAAAACACAGACAGCAAUGGAUCAACUUCAUAUGCACUUCACCCAAGCCAUUCAUAAUACUGUGUUUCAAGUUGUUCUUGGUUAUGUGGAACUAUGUGCAGGAAACACAGAUACAAAAUUCCAAAAGCUGCAAUACAAGGAUCUCUGUACACACAUUACAUCAGACAGCUAUAUUCCAUGCCUUGCUGACCUGUGCAAAGCACUGUGGGAAGUUAUGCUCAGCUAUUAUAGGACUAUGGAAUGGCAUGAAAAACAUGAUAAUGAGGAUACCACUUCUGCUUCUGAAGGGAGUAAUAUGAGCACUGAAGAAACUAAUUUUGAUCGUGGCUACAUUAAAAAGAAAUUAGAACAUGGACUUACACGAAUAUGGCAGGAUGUUCAGCUAAAAGUAAAGACCUACUUGCUUGGAACUGAUUUGUCUAUAUUCAAAUAUGAUGAUUUCAUCUUUGUUUUGGAUAUAAUCAGCAGGUUGAUGCAAGUUGGAGAAGAAUUUUGUGGUAGCAAAUCUGAAGUUUUGCAAGAGUCUAUUAGAAAGCAAAGUGUCAAUUAUUUUAAGAACUACCACAGAACACGGCUUGAUGAACUGAGAAUGUUUCUAGAGAAUGAGACCUGGGAACUUUGUCCCGUUAAGUCAAAUUUCAGCAUUUUGCAACUUCAUGAAUUUAAAUUCAUGGAACAGUCUCGUUCCCCAUCAGUUUCACCUAGUAAGCAGCCAGCCUCAACAUCUUCAAAAACAGAGACCUUGUUUGAGCAGUACUGUAGUGUUGGGAAUCCAUUUGAAAUCCAUGCAAACCACAAUGAUGAAGAAACAGAAGACGUCCUGGCUUCUAACGGGUAUGAAUCUGAUGAACAGGAAAAAAGUGCCUAUCAGGAGUAUGACAGUGACAGUGAUGUUCCGGAGGAACUAAAACGCGAUUAUGUGGAUGAGCAGACAGGUGACGCUCCUGUGAAAAGUGUUUCUCGAGAAACCCUCAAGAGCAGGAAGAAAUCAGAUUACAGUCUAAAUAAAGUAAAUGCACCCAUCUUAACAAAUACAACACUGAAUGUAAUAAGACUUGUUGGUAAAUAUAUGCAGAUGAUGAACAUUCUCAAGCCAAUUGCCUUUGAUGUCAUCCAUUUCAUGUCUCAGCUAUUUGAUUAUUACUUAUAUGCAGUAUAUACCUUCUUUGGUCGGAAUGAUUCAUUGGAAUCAACAGGACUAGGCCUUAGUAGUAGUAGACUAAGAACAACUUUAAACAGAAUACAAGAGAGCCUCAUUGAUAUGGAAGUUGCAGCUGAUCCUACUGCCACACUCACAGCAGCAGAAGAGCGAAAGGAGAAGGUCCCAAGCCCACACCUAAGUCACCUAGUGGUUUUGACCUCCGGGGAUACAUUAUAUGGGUUGGCUGAAAGAGUGGUAGCCACAGAAUCCUUGGUGUUCUUGGCUGAACAAUUUGAGUUCCUUCAGCCGCAUCUGGAUGCUGUGAUGCCUGCAGUCAAAAAGCCCUUCCUUCAGCAAUUUUAUUCUCAGACAGUCUCAACUGCCAGUGAACUACGCAAACCAAUUUACUGGAUCGUAGCUGGUAAAGCCAUUGAUUAUGAACAGAUGCUGCUCCUGAUGGCUAACGUGAAAUGGGAUGUAAAGGAAAUUAUGUCACAGCACAACAUAUAUGUAGAUGCACUGUUAAAGGAAUUUGAGCAGUUUAACAGGAGGUUAAAUGAGGUUUCUAAGAGAGUUCGGAUACCCUUGCCCGUGUCUAAUAUACUUUGGGAACAUUGUAUACGACUGGCUAACAGAACUAUUGUGGAAGGAUAUGCCAAUGUCAAGAAGUGUAGUAAUGAGGGUCGUGCCUUGAAACUGAUAUUUUUUUUUGAGCAGGAGUAUUCAACGAAGCAGCUGACCAAUCUGGUUAAUGUUUGCCUGGGAUCCCAUAUCAAUAAAAAAGCAAGACAGAAACUUCUAGCAGCUAUAGAUGACAUAGACAGACCCAAAAGAUAAUGAACACAAUUCUCUUUCCUCAAUGCCAUUGAUCUUCUCUCAACAUCUAUGGAAUGGAAGCCAAUUUUUCAUGCCUCCUGACAGCAGGCUGCUAAGAAUACUUUGUGCAUGUUCUUUCCAACUGGAAAGUGGAAAACACUGAAGUCCGUGUGGUGUUCUGAAAUGACCUUCAUAUGCUCUGAUCUCUUCUCUUCAACUUUUAGUCUCAUUUGUUGUAUUCCUUCCUGAAAUGAUAUCGUUGCCUUGUCAUAACUAUUGUUAUAUGAUUACCAUUAUGCAUUUUACAGAAGAAUGGACUGUAAGUAUAUAAUUAUAGGGAACUGUGAUGAUAUGUCCAUGGGCAGUUUUUGGAGAAUGAAUUUAUGUUGAUAUUUUUCUACCCUCUGACUUGGUUCUUAAUUAGCAUAAUAUUAGAGGGUUAAUGUACAGUAUCUCCUAAUUAUGAGCACUGCAUGAGCGCUGAGAAGUACAUGUAAGCAAAAUGGUUGAAAAAUCAGUAUGUUCUCUGUGUUUUCUAAUGUGAAAGUUGUCAGUUUUAAAUUGGUUAUGAUACAGUGAUCAUACAUGAUAAAAUUUAAUAAAUGUUACACUCCAACAUGACCAGCCUA